GUCUUCUUGUUCUGGAGCGCAUGCUUAUUGUGUAGUGUUCAACCCGCAUGCGCAGUGUAGGGCAUUGUUACAGCCAAGAUGGCGUUAAGUAAAACGUUUGGCCAGAAACCGGUAAAAUUCCAGUUAGAAGAAGAUGGGGAUUUCUAUAUGAUCGGAUCAGAGGUAGGAAACUACCUGCGUAUGUUCAGGGGUUCCCUGUAUAAGAGGUACCCCUCUCUGUGGAGGAGACUAGCUUCAGUUGAAGAAAGAAAGAAGAUAGUUGCAUCCUCACAUGAUCACGGUUACACGACUUUGGCGACCAGCGUGACUCUCCUGAAAGCUUCGGAAGUUGAGGAGAUUCUGGAGGGAAACGAUGAGAAGUACAAAGCAGUUUCCAUCAGCACUGAGCCACCUGCCUACCUCAGAGAGCAGAAGGCAAAGCGGAACAGCCAGUGGGUGCCCACCCUGCCCAACAGCUCCCACCACCUGGACGCAGUGCCCUGCUCCACUACCAUCAACCGGAACCGCAUGGGCCGCGACAAGAAGAGGACUUUCCCGCUCUGUUUUGAUGAUCAUGACCCAGGGGUUAUUCACGAAAAUGCCUCCCAGUCCGAAGUUCUGGUUCCGAUUCGGCUUGAUAUGGAGAUAGACGGACAGAAGCUGAGGGACGCCUUCACGUGGAACAUGAAUGGUAGGGAGAAGCUGAUGACUCCUGAAAUGUUUGCAGAGAUUCUGUGUGACGACCUGGAUUUGAACCCCCUGGCCUUCGUCCCUGCCAUUGCCUCAGCGAUCAGGCAGCAGAUCGAGUCGUACCCCACAGACAGCAUCCUGGAGGAGCAGGCAGACCAGCGGGUCAUCAUCAAGGUACAGCACAGACUGAAUAUCCACGUUGGCAACAUCUCGCUGGUGGACCAGUUCGAAUGGGACAUGUCGGAGAAGGAGAACUCUCCGGAGAAGUUUGCCCUGAAGCUGUGCUCCGAGCUGGGCCUGGGGGGAGAGUUCGUCACCACCAUCGCCUACAGCAUCCGGGGGCAGCUCAGCUGGCACCAGAGAACCUACGCCUUCAGUGAGAACCCGUUGCCGACGGUGGAGAUCGCGAUUCGAAACACUGGGGACGCAGACCAGUGGUGCCCACUGCUGGAGACCCUGACAGACGCUGAGAUGGAGAAGAAGAUCAGAGACCAGGACAGAAACACAAGGCGUAUGAGACGUCUCGCCAACACUGCCCCAGCCUGGUAAAUCAACACAGCAAAUCUUCUUGGAUUCCCAUUCUGAAGAGAACAAAGGAAAACGCUGCAAGCUGAUUGGCCUAAAAUACAGACAUUCCACUUGCUAGCCAAUCGGAUGCUGCCAUGAAACAGACCCUCUCCCAUGCUGUAUGUGUAAAAGACUGAUGCUCUCGUUUGUCGCCUAUGGAACUGAUCCACAGAAAAUAAUGCCUGUGUGGAAAAGUGUUCUGGUAUUGUGAUGUUAAAUUGUUUUUGUAUAGGUGCUGAGGGCACGUUUAGUAAUUUUUUUUUUUAAAUAAAAGGAAUGCUAAAUAUGUCUUUUUUUUUUUUUAAUCCCUAUUGGCCCUUUUAAAUAUUCAUUAAUGCCCCAAAAUCGUAUUAGGAGACCAUCUUCUAAUGUGAUUUUCUUACCACACAGUGGUCCUCCUUAAUGUUUACUAUUAACCCUGCAUAUUAUAAAUACACAGGUUGUUUUACAAGUGACCAGUAUUUUUGACUUUGCAGUAUCUCCUGGUGGAGACGCAGGUAGGUUACACUUGUAGAUACAUCUUAAGGGUUCACAUGUCCAAUUUUUAUAAAAAUGGGUAUGUGCCAUUAUUUGAAAUAUAAACUUGAUAUUGGUCAUAUUUCGAGAUGCAGUGCACGUGCUGUGGAGGUGGGUUACUGUGACUGUUUUCACAAUACUGACAAGUACAAUGUGUUUGUAUCUUUGGUAUGGUAUGUGCAUUUUACUACUGUACCCUUUUUAAGGGGUACUCAUCAGUUUUAAAGUGUAGGGGCAUAUAACAAAUAUCAAUCCAACCUGUUUACUUACUGUUUCAAUGCAAUGCUUCAUAAUGUAUUCUGCAUCCCUUUUCUACCUGUUGUUAUUGGAUCUUGAUAAAGAAAAGUGGAAAUAUAGUUUUUUAAAAGAUUUUAUUUUAAAGGCUUGCAGAUUUAGAACAAAAAAAACAAACAAAAAGAAAAACACAUUAAGACCUGCUUUUAGGUCAU